UCAAUAAUUUGGAAGAAACGAAAUCAUACUCUAGAUGCAGGGCACCAUCAGGGCGGCUUUCGCAGCCGCUGGCCUUCAUUCAAAAUAUACCAUAAACGGCACAAUGUACCAGAUUGCCGGCCAAAGCAACUCAGACCCAUACAAUGACAUUCUCUCUGUCUUCACUGGAAUUCAAUUGUGGCGGGCUGGAAAUUUAAAAACGGAUAUCCAAAGAACAACAAUCAUCGUCUCGAUGCCGCCCGAAUACCUUCUCUUUCUACACAAUAGCGGCAACCGACAUUACAAUGGGAUUGGACGACCAUGGUCCACAUGGAAUGAAUGUUGUUUUGGGAGCAGCAUGUACAUACGUAUUGCCAUUAGAGACUGAAAGGACGAGGACAGCAAGCAUGAGAAGACAGUAGUGCAAAGAGAAAGUGAGCUGGGGAUUGUUGGCUAAGACUGAGGCUGCUGUGGCUGCUGCGCAUUUGUUUGCUGCAGAAAUUAAAAUGUUUACACAACCGAAUGCUCGAAUGCCGACGACGGUUUGCAUUCACUCAUUGUUGCUGUUGUCGUUUGCUGGUGUAUUUCAUGUUAUCCACUACAUGUCCUUCAACAACAUUUUGUUGGUUGUGGCAGGCUGUAGCUGUAGCUGCAGAAGGUGUUGCUGUCGACAUUACCCUUGGCUGCCUCUCGUUUCCCAUUUCUCUUCAAUUCACAGCAUUAGCAAAGCAAGUCCAAGUGUCACUUGUUUUUUCUUCUCAUUUUUCAUUCAAAUGUCGGCAGCAAAAUUGAAUCAUUUCUAUAAACUAUUCGAUGGCCCCUCGCUUUGUCGCAUGAACAGCUUAACCAUUCGCUUGGCAUAAUCUUAAGUACUUGACGUUAGAUCCUCUAAGUGCCGCAAGUGGCAUUCGUGGCAGCCUCAACUUAACACCGUUUUAAUCUACCAUUUGGCAAUGCAACGAUUUUCACUUCCUGUGUGUAAUCCUCCCAUUCGCCAUCGCCAAUGAACUCCACUUAGAGACAAGGUGCUGCCAGGCAAGUACUCCCAACGUGAUUGUCGACCAGCAGGCAACUUCUUAGUGCUAGUUUGCCGAGCUGAAGUGCAGCUGAAUAUUUUAUGAAGUUGCCAAGUACUUCGUCUUAAACUUGGACAUGCCGGAAGCCACAGACCAAGGCUGUCAAGCCAACAUGACAAAAAUCAGUCUCGGCAACAACAACAGCAAUGGCAACUAACAACU